AAUCUACUUCCUCUUGUCUUUCUCAUUUUGGUAUCAAUGGUUUCACCAACAUUAGCGAAUAACUGAAACAAUUUUGGAGGUGUUCCUAUUCUUUCUUUGAACGCCAUGUCUUAUAAUUACGUGGUAACAGCGCAGAAACCGACGGCAGUCAAUGCCUGCAUCACCGGCCACUUUACGUCUGCUGAAGACCUGAAUCUGCUCAUAGCCAAAAACACACGCCUGGAGAUCUAUGUGGUCACAGCAGAAGGGCUCCGGCCCGUCAAAGAGGUGGGCAUGUACGGAAAGAUCUCUGUUAUGGAGCUCUUCAGGCCAAAGGGUGAAAGCAAGGAUCUUCUGUUCAUUCUCACAGCCAAGUACAAUGCUUGCAUCUUAGAAUACAAACAGAAUGGGGAGAGCAUUGAUAUUAUCACCCGGGCCCAUGGCAACGUUCAGGACCGCAUCGGCCGUCCCUCAGAGACCGGCAUCAUCGGCAUUGUGGACCCCGAGUGUCGUAUGAUUGGCCUGCGGCUCUAUGACGGCCUGUUCAAGGUAAUCCCCCUUGACCGAGACAACCGCGAACUCAAGGCUUUCAACAUCCGGCUGGAGGAGCUGCAGGUCAUCGAUGUCCAAUUCUUGUAUGGCUGCCAGGCGCCCACCGUCUGCUUCAUCUACCAGGACCCUCAAGGGCGACAUGUGAAGACUUAUGAGGUGUCACUGAGGGAGAAGGAGUUUAACAAAGGGCCAUGGAAACAGGAGAAUGUGGAGGCUGAGGCCUCCAUGGUCAUCCCAGUCCCAGAACCGUUUGGGGGGGCUAUAAUCAUUGGACAAGAAUCAAUUACCUACCACAAUGGGGAUAAAUACUUGGCCAUCGCUCCGCCCACCAUCAAGCAAAGCACCAUUGUUUGCCACAACCGCGUGGACCCCAAUGGAUCGCGCUACCUGCUGGGGGACAUGGAGGGCCGUUUGUUUAUGCUACUCCUGGAGAAGGAAGAGCUAAUGGACGGGGCUGUGGUGCUCAAGGACCUCCGUGUCGAGCUGCUUGGCGAGACAUCUAUUGCAGAGUGUUUGACCUACCUGGAUAAUGGCGUGGUGUUUGUUGGCUCCAGACUUGGCGACUCUCAGUUGGUCAAGCUCAAUGUGGACAGUAACGAUGCUGGAUCCUAUGUGGCGGUGAUGGAGACUUUUACUAACCUGGGGCCCAUCGUGGACAUGUGUGUGGUGGAUCUAGAAAGACAGGGGCAGGGACAGCUGGUCACCUGCUCAGGAGCGUUUAAGGAGGGCUCCCUCCGGAUCAUCCGGAAUGGCAUCGGAAUCCAUGAGCAUGCCAGCAUUGACCUGCCAGGGAUCAAAGGUCUGUGGCCUCUCCGCUCAGAGGCUGGGAGGGAGACUGAUGAUAUGCUCGUCCUGUCUUUCGUCGGUCAGACAAGAGUGCUGAUGCUCAGUGGGGAGGAGGUGGAAGAGACUGAGCUGCCUGGCUUUGUGGACAAUCUACAGACCUUUUUCUGUGGCAAUGUGGCCCAUCAGCAGCUGAUCCAGAUCACGUCAGGUGGCGUGCGUCUGGUGAUGCAGGACAGCAAGGCUUUGGUGUCCGAGUGGAAGGAGCCCCAGGGCCGGAACAUCAGUGUGGCCGCCUGCAACUCGUCCCAGGUGGUCCUGGCUGUGGGCCGUGCCCUUUACUACCUCCAGAUCCUCUCUGGGGAACUUAAGCAGAUCAGCACGGUGGAGAUGGAGCAUGAGGUGGCCUGCCUGGACAUCACACCCCUUGGGGAAGGCGGGGAGUCUCCCCUCUGCGCUGUGGGCCUGUGGACGGACAUCUCAGCCCGGGUCCUUAAGCUGCCCUGCUUCACCGCCCUGCACAAGGAGAUGCUUGGUGGAGAAAUCAUCCCUCGCUCCAUCCUGAUGACGACGUUUGAGGGCAGCUACUAUCUGUUGUGUGCUCUUGGAGAUGGAGCCCUCUUCUACUUCGGCCUGGACCUGACGACAGGCGCGCUUAGCGAGCGUAAGAAGGUAACCCUGGGAACCCAACCCACAGUCCUGAGGACCUUCCGCUCCCUGUCCACCUCCAACGUGUUCGCCUGCUCUGACCGGCCCACCGUCAUCUACUCCUCCAACCACAAGCUGGUCUUUUCCAACGUCAACCUCAAGGAGGUCAACUACAUGUGCCCGCUCAACUCCGAAGGCUACCCAGACAGUCUGGCUCUGGCUAACAACAGCACACUCACCAUCGGCACCAUUGAUGAGAUCCAGAAGCUCCACAUUCGCACGGUUCCCCUCUAUGAAUCUCCCAGGAGGAUAUGUUACCAGGAGGUGUCUCAGUGUUUUGGUGUGCUGUCCAGCCGCGUGGAGAUGCAGGACGCCAGCGGGACUACAGCGGCGGUGCGCCCCAGCGCCAGCACUCAGGCGCUGUCUAGCAGCGUGAGCUCCAGUAAGCUGUUCCCCAGCAGCACCUCCCCACACGAGACCUCCUUUGGGGAGGAGGUUGAGGUGCACAGCCUCCUAGUUGUCGACCAGCACACCUUCGAAGUGCUCCAUGCCCACCAGUUCCUCCAGAGCGAAUACGCCCUCAGCAUGGUAUCCUGCCGCCUCGGCCGGGACCCCUCAGUCUACUUCAUCGUUGGCACAGCCAUGGUCUACCCAGAGGAGGCGGAGCCCAAGCAAGGCCGCAUUAUUGUCUUCCACUACACUGACGGUAAGCUGCAGACAGUCGCGGAGAAGGAAGUGAAGGGAGCGGUCUACUCCAUGGUGGAAUUCAACGGCAAACUGUUAGCCAGCAUCAACAGCACAGUGCGUCUGUACGAGUGGACCACUGAGAAAGAGUUGAGGACAGAGUGCAACCACUACAACAACAUCAUGGCCCUCUACCUGAAGACCAAAGGAGACUUCAUCCUAGUUGGAGACCUGAUGAGGUCUGUGCUUCUCCUGGCCUACAAACCCAUGGAGGGCAACUUUGAGGAGAUUGCACGUGACUUCAAUCCCAACUGGAUGAGUGCUGUGGAGAUCCUGGAUGACGACAACUUCCUAGGGGCAGAGAAUGCAUUCAACCUCUUCGUGUGUCAGAAGGAUAGCGCGGCCACGACGGACGAGGAGCGCCAGCACCUGCAGGAGGUGGGCGUGUUCCACCUGGGGGAGUUUGUUAACGUCUUCUCCCACGGCUCGCUGGUGCUGCAGAACCUGGGCGAGAGCUCCACCCCUACUCAGGGUUCCGUGCUGUUCGGGACGGUCAACGGCAUGAUCGGUCUGGUGACCUCUCUAUCCGAGGGCUGGUACAGCCUGCUGCUGGACCUACAGAGCCGACUCAAUAAGGUCAUCAAGAGCGUGGGCAAGAUCGAGCACAGCUUCUGGAGGUCCUUCCACACUGAGCGCAAGACUGAGCAGGCUGCAGGCUUCAUUGACGGGGACCUCAUCGAGAGCUUCCUAGACCUGGGCCGCGCCAAGAUGCAAGAAGUAGUCAGCACACUACAGAUUGACGAUGGUAGCGGCAUGAAGCGUGAGGCCACCGUGGACGAGGUAAUCAAGAUUGUGGAAGAGCUGACGAGAAUCCACUAGCCCCUCCCACCCAAACCAGCCAUUAUGGAGGGGAGAUUGGGGGUUGGAGUUGGAUCUUCUGGGUUAGGGCUCUGUAAAUACUUAUACAUAAAAACGGUCUGCGCAUGUCCGACUUGGAAACUUCACACAAAUUUACAUAUUUUUGACAAUGUAAAACUCAGUCCCAGCCGACCAAUAAUUCACUGGCGCUUGGACAAACCAAAUGGUCUCGUUGUCAACCAUUAUGAAGAUGACAAGCAAAGAGACUGGUUGGAAAGCCAGUUGUUAUGGAGGGAGGAGCUGUGAUGUCAGAUCACUUUGUCGACUUGUGGAUUUGAUGGGGAUCCAUCCAUGUAUGAAUUAUUUGACGUCUGGAGAGGUGGUCAGUAAGGAAGAGAGAACUGAAGAAAAAUAGAAGCAAUUUUGUCUUUGUUGUGUUUCUCCAUGUUUCUUUUAAUAAAGGUUGCUUUAGUACUGUGUGCCUCAG